CACACACACACACACACACACACAUACUGUGGAAAGGAUGCACACACACCGAGGAGACGACACACACACAUCCUAAUUGUGUCGAGACGAUAUUGACCUCUUGGGGAAUCCCCCCGUAUCUCUGUGCUGAUGAUGGCAUCGUCUGUGGCUUAUGUGUUGUUGCUGGUGGCUGCUGUCGUGCUGGGACUGUACCACAUCUUGGUGGAAGGGGGGUGUGCUGGGAAGUGCUGCGGAGGUUCUGACAUCACCUGUGUAACGACAGACUGGAGGAUGGACCGGGUAUACAGAGCCUGCUACUGCGACGAGGGCUGCCUCAGGACCAAAGACUGUUGCUAUGACUACCCCACCGAGUGCCCAGGUAAGGACGGAUGCGAUCAGGACAGGCAGCGCCACAUUGUGCAGGAGCCCAAGAACAGUGGAGAGCCCUGUCCCAAUCUGGAGGAGCAGGCAGGCUGCAUGGACUACCAGUCACACCAAGAGCAGGUCUGCUCUCAGAAUACUGGUCCAGGUUUCAUCACCACCAUGAAUCUGUUCGGUAAAAGAAGAAGACAGCAUGACAUCACACCUCUGGACCCUGGGUUCUGUAUGGAGUACAAGAUGAAGUCUCUGACUCCUCACUGUAGGGCGGAGACCCGACCACACGCCCGCUGGAUGCAGUACCUACGGGAGGGUUACGUGGUGUGUGUGGCGUGCCGACCACCCGCCAUGCGUAACCGUAGCGGCAGCUGCCAGGGAGACGGGCAAGAAUCCGACAGAAACCCCUCUGCCUGUCCCCUUCCUCCGUCCCCUUCUGUCAGGUUCUGUAUGGAGUACAAGAUGGAGUCUCUGACUCCUCACUGUAGGGCGGAGACCCGACCACACGCCCGCUGGAUGCAGUACCUACGGGAGGGUUACGUGGUGUGUGUGGCGUGCCGACCACCUGCCAUGCGUAACCGUAGCGGCAGCUGCCAGGGAGACGGGCAAGAAUCCGACAGUGAGGAGCUGCUCCAUUGGCUGGCUGUGGGGAACUCUCGCUGUCGAGGAACAUGGAAGAAGGUCCAGAGAACAGCACACUGCUCCUGUCCUCACGUCCACAGCUUCCUCUUCAUAUAAACACACAGCAAGCCCCCAGUCUGGCAACUGGCACCCUGUUCAUUAUAUAGACAGGUUGGCUGACAACAGCACGAACAUGAUGUGUGCUCAUAGAUGGGGAAGAAGGCAGUGUGUGUGAUUGUGAAUGGUCAAAUAGCUAGCAACAAUGACAAGAAGCUGCCAUGUGAGGAAUUGUACGUGGCUCAUUUCAGGUAGUUAGUGUUGCUUGCGAAGCAAGAGUCCCCACUUUAAAUCUUCAACAUAUACUACAUGGCCAAAAGUGUAUGGACAAC